AUGCCUCUCCCCGGGGGAUUGUGGUGGCUCCUCUGCUGCCGUCGAGGCUUUACUCUUCUGCACCGGGACUACGGGGACGGCGAGCUUAGCGGGGACGGGGACGAAGACGAGGACGAGGAGACCUUUGAGCUACGGACCCCGAGUCCAGCGGGCGGCGGGAGGGUAAGUCCCUGGGGGGGGUUGGAGCCUUGUCUCAACCCCUCUCACUACAACCGGCCGUCAAGCCUAAUCCUGCUCCAGACGCCAGCAAACGCCAGGCCCCAUCCCACCCUCCAGGGGAUGCUGUCUUAUCCUGCUGACCCCCCUUCCUGCCUUCUCCCCGAAGGUUGGCUGUACCGCGAGCCCCGCGGAGGAGGGGCGCGGCCCUGGUUGCCCCCGCGCCGAGCCUGGUUCGUGCUCACCCGGGACUCCCUGGACCAGUUCAGCAGCAGCGGGAAGGGGGCGAGGCGGCUCGGGAGCCUCGUGCUCACCAGCCUGUGCUCGGUGUCCGGCCCUGAGCGCAGGCCCAAGGAGACUGGUCUGUGGUCAGUGACCGUGUCUGGCCGGAAGCACAGCGUUCGGCUCUGCUCGCCUCGCCAAUCGGAGGCAGAGCGCUGGGGGGUGGCGCUGCGGGAGGUGAUCGCCUCCAAGGCGCCUCUGGAGACCCCCACCCAGCUGCUGCUGAGGGACAUUCAGGAGAGUCGUGGGGACCCAGAAGCCGUGGCCCUUAUUUACAGAAGAAACCCAAUUCUGAGGCACACCAGUGGAGCCCUGUAUGCCCCACUCCUGCCUCUGCCGUACGGAGUCAGUCCCGGCUACGCGCCCUUGCGCGAGGAGGCCGUGAGGCUGUUCCUGGCGCUGCAGGCCCUGGAGGGGGCGCGGCGCCCCGGGCCCCUGAUGCAGGGUGUGCUCCAGACCUGCCGGGACUUGCCCGCGCUCCGAGACGAACUCUUCCUGCAGCUGGCUAAGCAGACCUCGGGCCCCGCGGGGCCCCCUGGGCCGCCAGCUACCCAAGACCCCGCGACCCUGCGGUACUGGCAGCUCCUCACUUGCAUGAGUUGCACUUUCCGGCCGGGGGGAGCCGUACGGGGACACCUCCUCGGGCAUCUGGAGAGGACUGAACAGGCGCUCCCGGACUCGGAAGUGGCGGAAUAUGCGCGCUUCAUACGGAGAGCGCUGGGCCGGACGCGCGGCCGGGAGCUAGUGCCAUCGCUGGCCGAGAUUUCCGCGCUGAGCCGACGGCAGGAGUUGUUGUGCACCGUGCACUGUCCAGGGGCUGGUGCCUGCCCUGUGGCCAUAGACUCCCACACCACGGCGGGAGAGGUGGCUCGAGAGCUGGUGGGGCGGCUGGGCUUGACCCGGAGCCGUAAUACAUUCGCACUGUACGAGCAGCGAGGGGCGCAGGAGCGAGCCCUGGCCGGGGGGACUCUCGUGGCCGACGUGCUCACCAGGUUUGAGAACUUGGCGACGGAGGAAGCCGGGCUGGAGGACCCACCGGACACCGGUUGGAGACUGUGUCUGCGUCUUCACGGACCUCUGCACCCUGAGGGGCUAUCCCCAGACGGUCACGAACUGCCCUUCCUCUUUGAGCAAGCUCACGCUCUGCUGCUGCGCGGCCGGCCGCCCCCGCCCGACGACACGCUGCGCGCCUUGGCGGCGCUGCGGCUGCAGAGCCUGCACCGGGACUUCUCCCCGCGGGCGCCUCUGCCGCGCCUGGAUCGCUUGCUCCCCACCCCGGCCCGGCCGCGUGAAGACCCUCCCCGCCCGCUGCCCAGGCCUCCCCACUCCGCCGCCCUGCUGGCCGGGGCGAUCUGGAGCCCGAGCCUGGCCAAGAGGCGGGCGGAGCGGGCCCGGCACGGCGGGGCUGGCCGCACCGCGGGAAGCGUGGCCCGCGAGGGAGGAGGUGGCGCCGGCAGGGCGGCUGCUGUGCUGGGAGGCUGGAAGCGGCUACGGGGCAUGGGCCGAGCUGAGGCCAUGGCUGCCUACCUGGCUCUGGCGGCGCAGUGUCCAGGGUUCGGCGCUGCUCGGUAUGACGUUCUGGAGCUGAGCACGGAGCCUGGUGGGGGCGCUCCACAGAAGCUAUGCCUGGGCCUGGGAGCCAAGGCCAUGUCCCUCUCGCGGCCGGGUGAGACAGAGCCCAUCCACAGCGUCAGCUAUGGCCGCGUGGCCGCCUGCCAGCUAAUGGGCCCCCACACCCUGGCCUUGAGGGUGGGAGAGAGCCAGCUCCUCCUGCAGAGUCCCCAGGUGGAAGAGAUCGUGCAGCUGGUGAAUGCCUACUUGGCCAACCCCUCCCCCGAGAGGCCCAGCAGCAGCCCUCCUCCAUGCCAAGACCUGCCAGACACCUCCCCUCCCAGCCAGCACCCGGGCCUGGACGAGCCCCAGGGACAGUCUGGCUGUUUGGGGCAGCUGCAGGACUGA